AUGGAUGCGACGAAGGGGGCGGAGAAAGAUGUAGGGGCCAACGCGGAUUCGGUUCAAUCCUGCGACGCAAGAUUUCAGACGGAUAAUAGUGUGUCGAAGAAACCGCAGCCGAGACAACAAUUAUCAAAAGCCAUGGAGCACAUGCGCUUCGCAGUCACUGCCGACCCGAUUCCACAUUCUGCCUCUACACCAAAAUCACAAUCAACACAGUCUAGCGCCAAAGACUCAGCGCAAGACCCUUCAUCCACAGAACAACAACCCCCAGCCGAAAACGACGCCUACGGCGUCCCCGCCUCCUUCGCCCCCGUCCGCGCCCCCCAAUCCCGCUCUCACGACCCCACCAACAACCAAAAGCGCAGCGACCCCUUCGCCUUCGGCUCCCGCUACCUCGAGGAAGGCGACGACAUUUUCGAGUUCAACGCCUGGGACCACGUCACCGUCGACGCCACCUACCUCGCCUUCUCCGAAGAGCAAUACUCCAAACAGCGCUCCGAACCCGUAUCUGACUUUGACCGCUCGCGCUACAACGCGCAGCCCGAAAAAUGGUGGAACCAAUUUUACAAGAACAACAAGACGAAUUUUUUCAAAAACCGAAAGUGGCUUGCGCAGGAGUUUCCGAUUCUAGAAGAACUGGGUAAGGAGGAUGGGCCGCAGGCGACGUUGUUGGAGGUUGGCGCUGGAGCGGGGAAUAGUGCGUUUCCGAUACUACAAAGGAGUCAGAAUAAGAGGUUGAAGAUUCAUGCGUGUGAUUUUUCGAAGAAGGCGGUCGAGUUGAUUAGGAAUCAUGAACUCUACGAUCCUGAGCGUAUCCAGGCAGAUGUCUGGGACGUUGCUUCACCGCCUGACUCGGAAAACGGGGGCUUACCACCUGGCCUGGCGGAAAACAGUGUCGAUGUCGUACUCAUGAUUUUCAUCUUUAGUGCGCUGAGUCCAGAGCAAUGGAGUCAGGCUGUGGAUAAUAUCUGGCGUGUACUUAAGCCGGGUGGGCAAGUACUGUUUCGAGAUUAUGGCCGUGGAGAUCUAGCGCAGGUACGGUUCAAGAAGGGAAGGUACCUCCAGGAGAACUUUUAUGUGAGGGGAGAUGGCACGCGUGUUUAUUUCUUUGAGCAGGAGGAACUUGAGAAUAUCUGGGCUGGAAAGAUGCCAUCGCCCAGUAGUGAUGAGUCAGAAGAAAAGCAUACGUUCGAAGUCGCGCAUAUCGGCGUUGACAGACGCAUGUUGGUGAAUCGCCAGCGCAGACUGAAAAUGUAUCGAUGCUGGAUGCAGGCUGUUUUUCGCAAAAGGGGGGUGGAGAGUCAAGUUCCUACCAGCACGCUGCGGCAGGAGAAGGAUGAGGAAGGUGAGGGGGAGGAAGGAGAGUAG